UGUAGUUCCACGUUUUGCUUUUUCUUUAUGAAUGUGACAUGAAACAGAUUGAUACAUUCAAUCAAUCUGCUUGAUACUUUACAGGACAGAUCUACAGCGUUAGUCAUAGUCUCUACUACGCAAAUCUCCAUCGCCCAUUGGUCUUUCUUCGAGCCACCUCCUUUCGGCAUCAUCAUCGUGACUAACUAGACAAAACCAGCGAGCCACCAUCAUGUUGAAGAAGCUGCUUGUCCUGUCUUUUUUGGCGCAGGAUGCCGCCCUGGCGUCCUUCUUGGUGAGGAAGCCCGUGCGGUGCGGGAAAGCGGUGGUGCGGAAGGGAUGGAACUUGGCGCGUCGUAUUGGGCGAAUCAAUGUAAGUCAAAGUUGAUUACUAUCUUACUCAGAGUGGGAGCAGCCGCAGCUAGGAAAGCUUAGCGCGAUACAAUCUUGAUCGAGAGGCUGUGCCUCUGGCUCUGCAGCCUUGCUGCGUGUACUUUUUCGCGCAUUCAAUGAUACGUUGAUUGCUCCAGCAUUACAUGUGUAGACGGCUUGUAUCAACUGUAAAAAUGUCUGGGUCUGGAAGACUUCAUGUUUGUCAUGCUUGUCUGGCAUGACUCUUAAAUCUGUCAUGCACGUUACCCAAGAGGUCCGCUUUUCUGUGAUGCAGAAGCGCAGUUUGUCAUGCAGAAUAGGCAACACCUAGGAGCUCAGAAACUUGUCAUGCUGAGCCAGCAUCUGCAGCCUCAUCAUGAGACGCCACCCAGCAUCACAUGUUUCCAGACCCAGACAUUUUUACUUUUGAUAGCUUGACUCGCAAGACAAAUUUCAAUUUCUAUUUUACAGACGGCUUGCGUGUGCUUCCUCGGCUACCAGGCGAUCAAGGAGGAAUUCCAGAAGGAAAUCCAGGACGCUGCUCUAUGCAUUGCAAAUGUGUCCUCGGGGUCGGAAGGAGUGAAACUUGUGAUGCUGCUCUUGGAAUCUGAAACGAAAAAUCUGUAUUGCCUAAGCAGCAAGCGUAUGAGUAGUCCGUUUUUUGCAACGCGGAGAGGUCAUUUUGCAUGCGGGAGAGGCAUCAGCCUCGAGAAGCACUCAGAAAAUCUGUGAUGCUUGGGCAUACAGCACAGGCAUCCUGGGUCAAACAAAAUAUAUAUGCAUGAAUCCAGAUGACCCAGACAUAUUUGCACUCGAUUUGCUCAAAGUGCGCACGACCAGUGCAUGCUCGGGGCCACGUCCGCAGCCGACACGCUGGGAGGAAAUUAUGGCGGAGUAAUUUUGUAGUCCUAAUACGAUUUUUUCUUUGCGUCGCUCAGCGUCAUGAAUUAAUGCCAGGCUCCUUUCGCCCUUGUCAGCAUGUACGCUGAGGACCUACAUGACCCGUCUCAAUUAGCUACGAAAUUUUCAGUACGUUGAGCACUAUGCAAUUGCGCUUGUUUCUUGACUUCUUCCAGGUCUUCUGCAACCCCGUGGAGACUAUUACGGAGCGAGUGCCGCAAACAAUGCACCAAUACUGCCAGGAGAACGUGCCUACGGACGCCCAGGGAGUUUGUCAGCCCACUGAUUUGCUUCAGAAGGUUUGUUUAAUAGCUUUUCCGUGAGCUCGUUGUCGAGUUGAUGUUGAUGCAAAAAUUGGUAGCUAUUACAGUACCGAAGAAGGUUGCGCCAGAUUGCAUUUCAGCAGGAGCUUUGACAUCAUUCUUUGUGUGCAAAUGUAAGACCGAAAAGGUCAGCACUCACGAAACCCAACCGAGUAACGAUCUUACUACGUGUAACGAGGGUGGAACAACGUCAGGGCUACAUCGUGCUUGUGUGAAUGCGGGUGCUAUAGUCCAUGUAGUUCCUUUCUUCCUUCGUGUUACUGGGGUAACACUACAAACCUGUAGGGAAAGAUUCAGAAUGAGUCCGUAUCAUACCAUGCGGAUUGACUUCCGCAUGUGGAAGCUUGUACAGGGCUUGUAAAGCUCUGACGAUGCUCAUAGCAUCGGGAAAUGGAACAUUGGUAGUACUCAUCGAUUGAUCAUCUUCAUGGAUCUUCAGUGUGUUUCACACUCGACAUCAACAUCAUCUUCAUCUUCGAUUCGUGCCGUUGGGUCGUGAUUUGAAUGCUGGAUAUCUGCGAUCCACAGCAAAAGGGUAAAAAGGAAAUCCGAGCUUUAGCGAUUCCCCUUGUAGUGCGCACGAUGCCUGCCGCCUCAGAUACCACAAAAAAUGUUGACAUUUUUUCCCCAACCCUUUAUAACUUUAAUGAAAAUCUCUCCAGGGCUACGAAUACGCGCGGGACAAGAUGUACGAGAGCUGCAUGUCCAAUUCCGAGAACUCCUCGUACUGUACGCCCUCUUAUUCCAUGGCGAAGGUCCAAAUGAACUGCUACGAGCAGGUCAACAACAUGCUCCGGGACUACCCGGAGGCUGCGCAAACUGCGAUUUCCGCCUGCACGCCGAAGAGCACGUUGACUAAUUUGUACGGCAAGGCCAAGACGGGCGUGAAGAACUUGCUCCACAAGGCCCGCAGUGUCGAGUGGCCUGCUGCCACAGCUAGUACCGCUUCCACAUCUGCAGCUGUUCCGACCACCACCACGGCGGACCCGACACCGGGGGUCCGCGUGUACCCAGUGUUCGAAGAAGAGGCAUCGAUGCCGGCGCAGUAA